GAUACAAAAACCAAAAGCUGCAGUGAUUUUGAGAGAAUUUGUUGUACCUGUCAUUAUUUAUGUUAGGUGAAGUUUUCGUCUCACAAUCGACUUUUUGUACCUAAAACUAUAUUUGAAAUGAACUCUAAAUUACUGUGAAACGCAAAUUCGAAACGAAAAUUGAUGUACAAAAAUAGAAAGUGUGUUGAAUCUAUUACUUCAACCAAAUUCAUUAUUAAGUAAUGUAUUAUCGCUUGUCACAUGGCUUUCAAUAUCACACACUUGAGUGAACUUUUGGACAAAAAAUUCUUCAAUUUCUUUCCUAAUUAUCCUAUCCUAAUAAUUCCUUCAGUACAGUUUAUAAAGACCAUCUUUGAGAGAAAAUUAAUAAUCGUUGGGCUACCCUUCUAAACUCUAAUUCACAUGGUAAGCAGUUCAAGUUACACUCACGGAAUUUUGAAGACCGACACAUUAUCUGUUUUGUGUUUUACUGACUUUUUCUAAAUUUUGCAUGUAGGGGAAAUCAAAAAACCAAGCAAAACUCACAAACAGAAAAUGUGUCGGUUUUCAAAAUUCCGUUCGUGUAUUAACUUUUCAAUGAAAAUAUCCUAAAAUUUCAACUAAUUGUUCAGAUUUUUGUGAAUGAGGGCUCGUUAGAAAGCUCUAGCCAAGAACUGUGGAAAUGGAUAAAGCUUGAAGCGAAGUCAGUGAAAGUCAUUCAAAUAUUGCUCCGGUAGAAGAAUUCUUUGAAUAUCACACAUUCUUUUUGAUGGAAGAGGAGCACCACACACAAAAAAUAUCUUUCACGUUCAGCUCCACUGGAGAUUCUGCAGUACACUUCAAAUUGAAGGAAUUGUAAUAAAUUACGAAAAUACUGAAAUAAUGAUCUAAAAGGUCGUUUUCUUGGUCGAUUUCCGCAGCUCCAGGUGCAUGAUUCCACAAACAAAGGAAUAAGGUGCUAUUUUGACAGCGUCAAAACGAAGUUUGUUUGCUAGAGAGGGUAUUGCUUAAAACCAAAUUUCAUUGCUACUUUGGUCAUUACCUCCGAUGAUAUUUAGCAAUCAGUCAUAUGUUUGGUUAUUAUAUACUGUUACUAAAUGCACACUGUACGUACAUCAAACCUAUACAAUACUAUUUAAGCGUGUACGACUUAAGCCAACCAGAAGUUAAUUCUUAUUUAAACAGAAAUUUUCAUUUUCCAACGAAUCUUAUUUAUUAACCUUCCAACUGCGUAUCGUAGGUAAAAAGUACCUAUUUAAAGUUACUUUCUGUGUGAUGGGUCUGAUGUAUGUACGAUAACUAUAUUGUAAAAGGUCUCAGUUUCACGUAUAUAGUCGUACUAUCAAGAUGUUUAGUUUCGUCGUCAUACUUAUCGUACUCUGCGUAUAUCUCAGUUACGUAGUUUUCGAUCGUUUUCAAAAAUUACAACAGUUAAAAAUACCGAACUAUCGAUUCACAAAUUAUCCCCUGUGCAUCGAUAUGAUCUACACCCUCAUCAAACUGGGCAUUUCAACCCCCGAAGAACGAUUCACAAUUAUGGCUGAUAUUUGCUGUCAGCAUCCGGAUCUAACGAAACUAUGGCUGGGACCUAAGUUGGUGGUGUUUGCCAACCACCCACAGCGAAUUCAAAAAAUUCUUUUGUCUCAAAAAUGUGCAGACAAAUGGGAAAUGUUCUAUUCGUUUAUGGAACGCGAAAAUGGACUCAUCUCAGCACGGACGCAUUUAAAGUGGAAAGAACAUCGGAAAUUUUUUAACUUCUGCUUCAGUCUGCAAAGUAUUGAAAGUUUUGUGUCAUCAUUUGCACGGUGCGGUGACGAUCUGUGUGAUACGUUGGAAAAAGAAGCUGAGUGCAUGGAAAUUGAUUUUUUACCGCUGGUAAAGAAGCUCACAUUCAACAUGGUAUGUGCAACUGCUUUGGAUAUGAGAGCAAAAGAUGCAUUUGCUGAUUCAAAUUUUGAGAAUAUUUUCGACAGCUUUGAAACGACCGAAAAAGCUCUGAACUACAAAAUUGAGAUACCCUUCCUGUAUCCAAAAACUAUUUACAAAUUGACGAAGUUACGACGCGAAGAGAAAAAAGCACAACAUGUGUUGGACGCAUUUCGGCACAGCAUCAUGAAUAAGCGGCGAUCAAUUAUGGAUGCUAUGGAAUCGACCAACAACAACGACUAUAAAGGUAACAGAAGAGUAGUACUGGUGGAUCACAUCAUCCGGCACGAGAACAACUUUACCAGCAAAGAAAUCCUCGAUCAUGUGUUGACCUUUAUAGGGGGCUAUGAAACAAUUGCAAAUGCCUUAGCACACUGCAUACUGUUAUUGGCAAUGCAUCCAAAAGCUCAAGGUAAAUUGUUCGAAGCUAUCCAAAAGUUCAUUUCUUCGGACGAUGAUGCAAAUAACUCGGUAAUUGUCAAUGGUAUAGAAUAUCUCGAAUGCGUGCUACGAGAAUCUUAUCGACUGUUGCCCGCUGUGCCAACCAUUUUAAGGGAAGUUACCGAUGACUUUGAAAUUGAACCGGGCUUAGUCAUACCGAAAGGUGUUCAUUUAGUCAUAAACAUUUAUGCAUUGCAUCGUCAAAUCAAUAUUUGGGGAUCGGAUGCGAAUGAAUUCAAACCGGAACGCUUUGCUCCGGAGAAAGCAGACGAUCGUCAUAUAUUCUCGUUUUUACCGUUCUCCGGUGGGUCAAGAAUUUGCAUUGCGAAUAAAUAUUCCAACAUUGCGAUUAAGAUGACGAUCGUUAAACUGUUGAGAAGGUUCCAUCUGAAAACGACAAUGAAAAUGGAAGACAUUAAGUUGAAGUCUUACGUGUCAUUGAAACUUUGUACAGAACAUUCCAUUUCGCUGGAACGACGAACACACUAAAUUCUCAGCUCUAAAUCCAAAUUUGAGUGCAAUAGAUAUAUCGGAAUCAUUUUCUAUCAAUGUCCAUUUCCAUCUUGUUGUCAGAUCACUUUUUACCUACGUUCCCUGUGUUUCAAUGAGGACAGAACCGUAAACUCGGGGAAAUAAUUUGGCUCAAAAACGUGAGGUACUAUGUACUAUGUACUAUCAUGUGCCGAUGCAAAGAUAAACUCGAAUCCACGCCAUUAGUCGUAUAAAUCUAUACGUCAG